UAUACCACUGAUAUAUAGACGCGUGCUUUUAGUUGUAAGAGUUGAUAAAGGUUCAUUUACUUAAAAUUUUCUAUGCUAAUGUUUUUAUGUCUCGAGAUGACAAAACACAACGGCGCCUCUAGAGCUUAAAUGGUACAUUGCCUUUCACCACCGCCGCAGACCUUCAUUCCUCCUGUGUAUCCGAGCGAGCAGUGCUGCUGCUGAGUAAGUGCAGAAAAAUUCCCGCGUGAGCUCACAGACAAGUCCGCACUUGCAACCCAGCGCGCGGCCGUGCGCGCUCCCACUAACCGCAGGAGACAACACAAGAAAGGGAGGAGGGAGCUCCAGGGUAGGGAAAAUGUGGUUUUAAACAAUAGAACAGCGCUAGGUCUUUUGAGGGUCUCGGUGGGGUUGAAUACAGUAACCAUACGACAGCAGGUCAGUUGUCACCGGAAUUUACGACACUCGGUAACUAUGGAGCAGUGAGAGGCAUUUUCCGCGAGGGAAGAAAGGAAAAAACGGCCACAUUGUUGCGCUCGCGAAGAGCACACAUGCGGCCGACUCACGCCAUCCCAGGGAACGUGCAGAUAUCCUUCCGCACAUUCCACAGACCAAAGGCACGAACAAUUAGACCUUAGGGUUGGAAACGUGGGACACAAAACAUUUUAGGGGUUCUGUUGUUUAUUUAAACACUGUUUAAAGUCAUACAAACGACAUUUACUCGACUGUCCGUCACAUUCAUACAAACAUCUGAGGAAGCUGCAAACAAAAGAGGAUCCACGUGAUAAGGGUUGCUUCUUGGAUGCUCUCGGCAGUUGAAAUGCUUUUCCCCUCAAAGUGUUUCGUCGCAAUGACAAUGGAUACACUUAAAACAUUUAGCUGUUAUGUUAAGGUUGCUCCUGGACCAAUAGGACGCAAUCUUGUAAAGAAGUUGUGCUGUGUGACGAAAUAGUGGGAUAUGCUAUUCAUGCGCGGCGCCCGGGGGAAAGGUGUUCCGGUCGGGGAAAUAAGCCACAGAGGAAGAAAGGGGGAGGUAGGAAAAAUUUUGGAAAGAAAGAAACUGUACGUUGAACAUUUUGGUGCACUUUUUCCGGCGUAGAGCGCGCAGUGCGUGUUCGUCAUUGUCAGUAUGUUUGGGUGAGCGACAUGAGAACUUCUUUCACUUUUUGAAGUUGUAAUUAUUAUUAUUUAUUUAUUUUUUACGCGCUUUUGGAGACUUCCACAAUUUUAUUUUGGGAAUAAUGAUCAUUUUAUUUCAAACUGGACUGGGCAAAGUGGAAAUCCAGCGGGGAAACGGUAGACUUUGAUCUGCCGUGUACUCUUCGGGCGGAACAAACGCUUUUGGGUUCAAAGAAACGAACCAAAAUGACCCGCACAGAAAAGCGUUUCAACUUGCCCGUUUUGAAAGCCGCUAGUUGAGACAAAGUCUCCGCUUAAGCUGUGUUUACGAGGACCACGCUGGACGGUUCAGUAUUUGAUCUCCGUUCUUCUCUUUAACUGAUCGACAGCUCCGUUUAGUUAAAUCCACUGAAACAAAGCCGGCGAUUACAAGACUUGCAUCCAAACACAGUUGCGACGGAUCAGUGUUACCGACGGGUGGAUUUAUUGUUAUUUAGGAUCAGUUCUACAGGGCUGUGGCGUGCAUAUUUGACGUUGUCCUGGACGAGAAGUAAAGACUCUUUGAAACCUGACUGUAAACUGUGUUUUCCCACACAUUCAUUUGUUUACUGCCGAAGACAAGGCCACAAGUAGCUACGAAAGGGAUCGCAAACAAAUGGAGUUACAUGCUCCUGUUCACACGCAUGUCCAGCAAAUACUUCACAUGCAAACUGCUUCUGCUGAAGUCUGACCUGUGCGACAUGUAGCCUGCAGAAAAUGACAUAAGUGUUUUUAUUUAUCUUCAAAGUUAAAUAUUUAUUUUUUAGCUCAGCACAAAGUAUUAGUUUUUAACAGUCGGUUGUUGUUGUUGUUUUCUUAUUUUGUUAUGUCUUGUUUGGAUGUAAAGGUUACACAGUCCAUCUUUGGUUCUGUUAUUUCAUCUGCGGUUGAAACACUGUAUUUCACUGUAUUUAUGGCAUACACUAUUUAAACGUAAAGCGUCGUUUUCAGGUGGCAUGUAAGCACAAUUCAAUUUGUAAUUCAUUUUAUAUUGUAGUUGAGCUAAUAUUAAACACAAUGGAUCGACUAGGCAGCAAACUGAAGCAGAAGUUAAAACUGUCUGACUCUGGAAGUGUCAAAUUCAGCAAAAAGAAAAACGAGUUGGCUAAUGCAAAUAACAACAGUAAUGGCAACAAUGCCAGUAAUGGAAAUGUGACACAGAUCAACCCAGCCGUGAGUACAUCUCCGUUUCCACUCUCCUCCUGCUCCACCUCUGGAGAGGUUUGUGGACAUUCAGGUGGAAGAUCUGGCAAGGGGGCCGCUUCUCAGCGAAUCACACCCUCAAAUACCACCUCGACCACUGUACCUGAAGAAUGUGGGCCUGUAAUUGAACAUCUCCCCUCUACUCUUGCCCCGCUGCGGCGCCGGUCGCCCCAGCAGAGAGCGUCAUGCUACCUGCCUGAAACUGUGGAGGGGCGCGGAACCUGUGACCAGGUGAGGAGAGGCGAAGGUGACCCACAGGGGGCGUACAAUCCGAAUUCUCGCAUAGCCUUGAACCAGCGGCGUUACUCGCUGGAGCUCCAGCAGCUUGUUCGCCGUCAGCAGCUUCUCGCCCAGCCACCACCGCUGUCUUCCGUACCACCUCCGUACCUGACACACAACUCGGCAGCACGUUCAGCUGCCACGGAGCCCAGCUUCCUGUAUGAACUAGAGCGCCAUAAGCGCUUGUCCCUGCAGGAAGCUCUGUUCUACAAGCGUCUGAGCUCUGGUGGUGAACCCUGGGACAGUGGCCGACCUGCUUCCCUCUCUCACCCCCCACAGAGGACCCAUGACAGUGGAGUAGGGUUUUUUUUCUUCCCCCCUGCGCCAGCAUUAAGCCCUUGCUCCUCUUUCAGUUUGCAGGAAUCGGUGUUGGCGAGUCCUCGCUCGAGUUUUGCUAGCAGUACUGCUAGUGGAGGUGGUGGGAGCCCCAUGGGAAGUCGGUGCAGCAGUAACCGGACAAGCGGCAUCAGCUUGGGCUAUGACACCCGUCAUACACCUGGGCCUGCCCAGCAGCUGCAGCUCUCCUCUACCCAACUUGGUGGCCCCACCUCAUGUCAGGUGUACCCUGUAUUAGCAUCUGGGAUAACAGGAGCAACCCCAAUGGAAGUUUGGAGGGACUAUCUUGAAGGGGUGUCAGGGGUUGGAAGCUGUGUGCAUGACAGUCGUCACUCGUAUCCACCUGCAUUGUGUGCGCACGCAGUGACCUACCACCGUGCUGAUCUGGAAUGGGGGGGUACUGACCAGAGAAGAUCAAGAAGAGAUGCGGUGGGUGAGACGGUACGGAACUCUGACUUGCCAGGAACCCGUUACCAGCAAGAGCUCACCCGCCUGCUGUUGAGAGAUGCUGUCCUGGAAGGAGAAGUUUUACGUGGAGGUCUGACCCUAAAAGAACAGUCCAUAUCCAACACCGCCAACUCUGCACCUACUACAGCCCCUUCUGGAGUGCCAGGGAAAUCCCUGGAGGAACAGACGGCUGGGAGGGAUUUAUCGAUGGACCGACAGGAGUACUUUGGUACAUGCGUGAAGUGUGGUAAAGGUGUAUAUGGUGCAGAUAAUGCCUGUCAGGCUCUGGACAGCCUCUAUCACACCCGUUGCUUCACAUGCAUUUCCUGUGGGCGAACUCUCAGAAACAAGGACUUUUACAAUGUCAGUGGCGCCGUGUACUGUAAGGAAGACUACAUGUUCUCAGGCUUCCAGGAGGCAGCUGAGAAGUGCUGUGUUUGUGGUCACCUCAUCUUGGAGCAGAUUCUACAGGCUCUGGGGAACUCCUAUCACCCAGGAUGUUUCCGCUGUACUAUCUGCUCUAAGUCUUUGGAUGGAGUGCCAUUCACAGUGGACUACAGGAACAAUGUCUACUGCGUCUCUGACUACAAUAGAAUAUUUGCUCCCAAAUGUGCUGCCUGUUUACAACCCAUCUUACCUGCUGAGGGCAGUGAGGAGAUUCUCAGAGUGGUGUCUAUGAACAAAGACUAUCACUUUGAGUGUUAUCACUGUGAGGAGUGUGGGAAGCAACUCUCAGAUGAGCCUGGAUCUCAGUGCUUCCCUAUGGACUCCCAUCUCCUCUGCCACUCUUGUCACAUGAGCAGGGUGUGCACAUGACAUCCCCCCUCACGAUACACACUGAAAUGAGAACUAAUGUGCCAGACCAACACAAACUUUGUACUGCCAUAUGCACACUAGCGAUCACUGUAAAUGUUGUGUAACCACUCACUCUCUUCUAUGCCAACUCCAUGUUUUGAGGUCAUAGAACAUUUCAAACACAAAUCACAGCACUUGUGAAGGUAAUGUUGCCCCCUAGUGUUUGGGAAAUGCACCAACUGAAUCCUGCUGAACAAAAGUUCUCUGCGCUUCAGAUUAUUCACAUCUGUUGAGUUAUUCACUACACUGAGCGUUAAAAUAUCACAGAAUACUCUUUUACUCCCAUAUCUGCUGUAGGGAAAAAACAAGGGACUUUUUUGCUUAUUUUUCUAUAUUUAAUAUCACUAGCAAAGAUUUUGCACUUAAAUAUGUUUACCUAUUAAGAUUAUUAUUUUUUUUUUUUUUAAGAAAGUGAUUGCAAAAGACUAAAAAGCUUUCCUGUAUC